AUGGAUGAUAGAGUUGUGUUGAAGAUUUAUUAUUACGGGCAGAUUUUACUGGAAACAUAUGAGGGGGUUCAAUUUGUGUGUGAGAAUCCAUUAGAUAUUGUUAUUCCGUUCACAUUAUCAUUUGAGGAAUUGAAAGGGGUGAUUUGUGAGAAGAUAGAUUCUCAAAGAUUUAGGAGAGUAUCGUGUAUUUUGUACCGGUAUCCGUUAUCUGUGUUUGGUGGGUUCGUUCAAUUUCAGACCAAGUACGUCACAGAUGAAGCGAGUAUGCAUGAAAUGUUUUCAUUGUAUAUGGAUAAUCGCCACCGAAUGUCGUGCAUCGAGUUGUAUAUUGAGUUUGAGCAAUCCGAAGCAGACCGUAACAUUGAGUUGGAAGAUUAUAAUAGUGAAAGCGAGGAUGAAUUUGAAAGUAACUACGAGAUCGUUGGUCCAUGUGAAUACGAAGAUGAAACUGGCGGUGAUAUGAACGCAGAUGUGGCAGAAGUUGCAAAUGCACUAGCAAACCCGCGUCCGUUUCAGGAGCCUUCUUUCAUGCGGUCGUUGGAUUUGGAGGCUAUGCACGCACCGGAGUUUCCGCAAUAUAUGAAUUCAGCCCUUCCUGUUGUGGCGGAUGGUGAGUUCACAGUGGGGAUGAAAUUCAGUUCAAGGGAGGCAGUAAUCAAGGCAAUGAAAGAUUAUACCAUCCGAAGAAGUGUAGACUAUCGGGUAUAUGAGUCGGAACCCACGACAUUCUAUGCCAAAUGUACAGAAUAUGGCAAUGGUUGUGACUGGUUGAUCAGGACAGUUGCAGAAGCAAUUAAGCCGUUGGUAGAAGUUGACCCGUCUAUAAAGGUGAAAUCAAUCAUUGCUGAAGUUCAGUCAAAGUUUAACUACACCAUCAGUUAUCGCAAGGCUUGGUUAGCAAAGCAGCAGGCGGUGGAAUCAAUUUUCGGUGGUUGGGAAGCAUCGUAUGAAGCUUUGCCCAUAUGGUUUGAGGCCAUGUGUCAAAAGGAGCCAUCAGCAGUGGUUCACUUUGAAACAAUGCCUGCUUACCAGGGGGAUGAUUUGGUUCCUGAUAUACGUGUACUGCAUAGAGUCUUUUGGAGCUAUUAUCCUUGUAUAAGGGCCUUCAGACACUGCAAGCCAGUGGUGCAGGUGGAUGGGACUCAUUUGUAUGGAAAAUACAAAGGUUGUUUAUUGGUUGCAGUCUCACAGGAUGGUAAUAACAACAUAGUGCCUAUUGCAUUUGUCAUAGUGGAGGGAGAGACUUCGGAUGCAUGGUACUUUUUCCUGAGUAACUUGCGUCAACAUGUGGUGACACGUGAUGGAGUGGGACUUAUCUCUGAUCGACACGAUUCUAUUAGGUCAGCUAUUGAAAGAAGUAAUGGUGCUUGGUCUCCUCCUAGAGCAUUCCAUAUGUUUUGUAUCCGGCAUAUUGAGUCAAACUUCUUGAGGAAGUUCAAGGCACCUUACUUGCAGAAGCUCAUCAUCAACAUUGGAUACUCGACGACGAUCAAGGAAUACCAGAUGCGCUAUGAACGAUUAAAGGAACGAGGUGAGGCUUACAUCAACUGGCUUGAUCGGAUCCCACGUGAGCAGUAUGCUUUGGCAUUUGAUGGUGGUUACCGGUGGGGUCAUAUGACGACCAAUCUUGUGGAGUGCAUCAACUCCGUCUUAAAAGGUGCACGCAAUCUCCCGGUGACUGCCCUUGUUAAGGCUACAUUUUACAGACUGAACGAGUUGUUCACAAGGAAAAGAGCCGAGGUUGAAGCCCAAAUUAAUAAUGGACUUGUGUUCUCUGAGGUGGUGACCUCCAAGCUGCAUGCAAAUCAACGAGCAUCGAGUAACAUACAAGAUAGCUGUUUUGAUAGAGAGAAUGAGGUAUUCGAGGUACGCGAGAUGCCAAGUGGGGCUGAGUAUGCAGUUGACCUACGCCACCGUCGUUGCGACUGUGGUGAAUUCCAGCGGUUGGAUUGGCAAGUGUACGUUCAUGAUGUAUACAAGAUGGACCAAGUUCGAAGAGUAUACAGGGCUAGGUUUAGGCCACUGGGGAAUCCUGCAACAUGGCCUGCUUACCACGGGCCUCGAUUCGUUGGAAACCCGUUCCUCAGACGUGUUGCCAAAGGUCGUCCGAAGAAGACCCGCUUCUUGAAUGAGAUGGACACUCGUAUGUUGCGUCGCCCUAGGCGAUGCAAGCAAUGCGGUGGCGAGGGUCAUAGUCGAAGUAGAUGUCGUCAAAUUGGUGGACCUAGUGCUGGACCAGCCGACGAUUAG